AGUGGCAUUGUGAAAACCGGCGCGCGUACGCGUGUUUUUCGCGCGACGCAACACGCCAUCUGUGCGCGAUCUCCCAGACGGAUCAUAUCGUAUGCGCGCGCGCAGCACCGGUGACAAUUUCGCAUUUCGAAAUCUCCGCGCGAUUGCAGCGAACGUUGUUCCGUUGCGCUGCCGCCGGCCGUAGUAUUUACGCGUUUUGUACCAGUGAUUACGUGAAACUUGCGGCUAGAAUGGAAGCGAUGACCUCGCCGCGGAUACCGCCGUUCCUCUAUAAUGUUGACAGUUCGACCGAUGAGUGCGUCGCAUCGGAAACAGUGAAAUGAAAAAGGAAUGCAGUGAUGGAAUAUUUGACCAGUGUCGGUGCAUUAAAAACAGUGAAAAUGUUAGUGCUUUCGAAUAUAUUUCGUGCGAGCCAUCCCCAAAACCAGAUAGUGCCGAGAGACUUGAAUUCAUUGUCCACAGAAAAAAGUGGGGGACAAAUGGAAAAGUCAAAAAUAGUGUCACAAAAUUCCCUAAGAAUAAAGCAACGAACGAAAACUCGUGACAAUAUAAAUGUCAGCCAUGAGAUGGACGAUGCUGGCGAUGCAAAAAGUGUGCGUCGAGACAAAUGUCUGUCGAACAGCGUCGAUGCCAUCGUAACUCACAAUGAUGCCAAAAGUAAAGUGAUAUGUAGUGCCAAAGGUUUAUUAGAAACUAAUUUAGACGAUCUGUUCAAUGAUGUACAGAAACUGGAUGGCUGGAAUGUGGAGCCAAAGAGUUUAGGUGCCAGUGAACCGACAUUAAGUUUUAGUGAGAAUAAUUCUAAAGCUGUCAAGCGCGAAUCUCUCGUGUCAGAGGAUGACACGGAUGAUGAUACGGCGAGUGAUAGUGACUGCACGGAUGAAGUGGUUCGGGAACAGAGGAUAUGUAUGGGAGCUCGCCGCUUCGGCCAUUUGUUGCGGAGGGUCAUAUCUAGAAAUGUUUUCCCGAAUGUGCCGGCCGCGCCGGGCAUGCCAUGCGCGGGCGAAGACAGAAGCAUAUACAGAAGAGGCGCUCGACGGUGGCGGAAGCUAUACCGCGUCAAUGGACACAUCUUUCAGGCGAAGCGAUUUAACAGACGCGCCUUCUGUGCCUUCUGCCAGGACCGUAUCUGGGGCCUGGGCCGGCAAGGGUUCAAGUGCAUCCAGUGCAAGCUGCUGGUGCACAAGAAGUGCCACAAGCUCGUGCAGAAGCCGUGCUCCAACGAACAUGUGGACCCCAUCGAGGUCAAGGACGAUGCCAACGGAGAAAGCACGCUGGGACGAGCGUCUUCUGUUAGGUCUCGCGCGGAAGUCGAACCCCCGCUGCCGGAGACGCCGCCGGCGCCUGCGCCUGCGCCGCCCCGCGCGGACGAGCUGGAGCCCGGCUCACAGAGGCAGUACUCUCUCGAUGACUUCGAGCUCAUCAGGGUCAUUGGACGAGGAUCUUAUGCUAAGGUGUUGAUGGUAGAACUGAAGCGCACAAAACGCGUGUACGCGAUGAAGGUGAUCAAGAAGGCUCUGGUGACGGACGACGAGGACAUCGACUGGGUGCAGACGGAGAAGCAUGUGUUCGAGACCGCCUCCAACCACCCCUUCCUGGUGGGGCUGCACUCCUGCUUCCAAACCCCCAGCCGGCUGUUCUUCGUCAUCGAGUUCGUUAGAGGCGGGGAUCUUAUGUUCCACAUGCAGCGCCAACGGAGGCUGCCCGAGGAGCACGCGCGGUUCUACGCGGCGGAGAUAUCGCUGGCGCUGCACUUCCUGCACGAGCGCGGCGUCAUCUACCGCGACCUCAAGCUCGACAACGUGCUGCUCGACCACGAGGGACAUAUCAAGCUCACUGAUUAUGGAAUGUGCAAGGAAGGCGUACGUCCCGGCGACACGACGUCGACAUUCUGCGGCACGCCGAACUACAUCGCGCCGGAGAUCCUGCGCGGCGAGGAGUACGGCUUCUCCGUGGACUGGUGGGCGCUCGGCGUGCUCACCUACGAGAUGCUGGCCGGACGCUCGCCCUUCGACAUCGCACAGGCCGCCGACAACCCUGAUCAAAACACUGAGGAUUAUUUGUUCCAGGUGAUCCUAGAGAAGACGAUCCGUAUCCCUCGCUCGCUGUCGGUGAAGGCGGCGUCGGUGCUGAAAGGCUUCCUCAACAAGAACCCGGUCGAGAGGCUCGGCUGCGGGGAGAACGGGUUCCUCGACAUCGUCUCACAUCCCUUCUUCAAGAGCAUCGAGUGGGAGAUGUUGGAGCAGAAGCAGGUAGUGCCUCCGUUCAAGCCGCGGCUGGAGGGCGAGCGCGACCUCGCCAACUUCCCGCCCGAGUUCACUGACGAGCCCGUGCAUCUCACGCCUGAUAAUGAUACGGUGAUCGCGGACAUCGACCAGUCUGAGUUCGAGGGCUUCGAGUACGUGAACCCGCUCCUCAUGUCCCUGGAGGACUGCGUGUGACACCACGCCUGUCUGCUGCACCCAUACCACGAUCCCGCGCAGACGUAUGGGUACGGUGCAGAGUCGUCGUCGUCCGACUACGACAGUGUAUGCAGCGAGCUCCCGCCGCGCAAGCCGACACUACUGCAACACAUGUUCUGUCUGCCGCUCAACUGACACAGGCCCGACCGCCGCGACAAACCCGACAAACACGACAAACGAUACUGAUCCACAAGUGAGUGAAGUGAAGCCAUUGAUUCAUAGUGAAACUUUUCAUUACUUUUAUGCCUUAUUGUUUGACUAUCGGCCUUUUGAGAUGGGCCCUCUAUAUUUGAGUAUUAGCCUUUUGAGAUAGAACUAUAAAUAUGUUUAUUUUGGUUGGACAUGUUGCUAUUUCUAUUGUAAUGCUUUCGAAGUGUUUUAUAGGAGUAGGAAUAUGUCUGGACUAAAGUUGUCUAUGUUAUUUGUUUAUUAUAUUUGAUGUGAAAGUUUAUUACAAUUUAAAUUGAAGUUGUAUUACAUAAAAAGAUUGGCAAAUUAUUAAAAAUAUUGGCGAAAUAUUUGACUCCUUGUCAAAAAUGUCUCGUGGCGGUAUAUAAAUUGAAAAGGUCGUGAAAAUAUCACGCUAUCCCGUUACCCUAUAAAGGGGUAGCCAGAAUGAUUGGUCGUGCAGAUUAUAUUAGCAUAUUAUUAUGUAAUAACUCGAUAAAAAUAUAAGAAGUUUUGACGAUUAAUAUUCGUAAUAAUAAAAUAUUAAAAUUUGUAAAUAUGUAUGUAUAAUAUACAGAAUGAUUCUAAAACUUCGACACGACGACAGCUCGUUAGAAGUCGUAGGAAAACAUUCAAAAUUAUAUAAAGUACUCUUCUCAAGGCAUUACUAAAUUAGUGUAAAAUUAGAAGUAAAUUGUAUUAAUGAAAUUUGGAUAUUUUAUAACGCACACAACGUGCCAAUGUAAGCACAAUGUUAGAUAUCAAUGGCUUCUCUCUUCGCUAGAAAUAAAUCAUCAUAUUUUGCUUAAAGCACUAUUUCUUCUAAACAUUGUAACAUUAACAUACAUGUUAACUAAAAUACAACAGAAAUUUUAUAAAUAAUUGUUAUCGUUAUUUAAAAAUCUUGUAAUUUGUAUUAACAAUAAUUUUAAUGUUUUUAAAAUCCGUUCUAAAGUAAUGGUAAUUUGUCAAAACUUAACGAAACACGAUUUUAAGGUAUUUGAAAAGUAUUAUUUUUAUGUAGUAUAUGUAAAAUUUACAGAUGUAAUGUUAAUUCGUUUGAAACUUAAAUAUUUAUUUAUUGUAUAUGCGAAAAUGUACUUAUUUUAUUGUUAUAUUGUAUGUUUAAGUAUUGUUAACAUUCCUAUAGUCCAGAACAAAUGUAUAAACACAGAUCUGAAUUUAUUAAUUACUUGAAGGAAUUGAUAUUGUGUUACCAUCAUCAAAAUCGAAUUUUGUCUACAGUUAAACUUGAAUAUUUUAUUAAAUUGUGGGCUAAGAGUGCAUGUGUAAGUAGCCAAUGUUGGUGCUCAUAAUGUUACGUGCGUCGGUCGAACAUUACGCUUCGGUACUUAGGUAGGGAGCAGAUUCACACGAUUUCCUAUUAAUAAAAAAAUUAGAUCACUUAUCUUCCCUGUGCUAGAACGGGUUACGCUUCUGUACAUAAAUUAAACAAAUUUAUUCAUCUAUAUAUAAUAUACUUACUUACUAUACGAGAAAAUAUUAUAAGACUUAAUAUUUUUGAAAGUUCUAUCUUCACCUUUCUUUGAGAAAGGUAACGCGAUUGUGACUCGAGCCGCCAUCGUGCCUCUUCCACACGAGUUUUGGCUGGCCUUGUCCACGAUCGUGUUUCUAAAUCAUUGUUUUUCAGCAAUAAACUAUAUUAUAAUAGUCUAAUCUAAUUAUAAAAUAUUGUAAUUAUGCGAGUCUGGUGAAUCGCUCAAUGAAAGGCACGUAAGGAAUUAAAAGUAGUUGAAAAAUUGACGACCGAUCGGUCUCAGGUACUUGUUUAUAGCCCUUAUCAGACGUUAGUGUAUUCCCUAGUUACCUAGACUAAGCUAGAUUUGUAGCUAUAGUACCUACUACGCGGGAUUGUGCGCGGUAUCUCAACAUUUUACAUAUACUGUACAUUUGUUUUGUCAUAAUUGGGAGUGCGGAUUGUAUAGCUUUGUGUUGUAUUGUUUGGUUUGAUUCGUGAUUUGUUUGUAUUCAGCGUGUACAUAGGCUGGGCCGCUGCCGCGCUCUAUCCCGCCCCUAUUGUAAUACACUGAGAGGCACAGCCAGUGACCGCACUCUUGUUCUUAUGUACUAGUGGUCUUCAAGCGUACCCCGGUCGCUGCCCGCGCCACUCUCUGUAUCCUAUAUUCCAUUCCCUAAUGUAGUCUGUUGUCCUUCAUAGCUAAUCACCACUCGAUUAGGUAGCCAACGAAUUUUAUAAUAAAAAAAUAUAUAAUAUUGAGCACUGAAACAAAUUUAAAAUCGUGUACAUUAUAAACAAAUUAACAUGAAAUAAAUAUUCGUAAAUGACAUCGGUUAUAUUAUAACAAAUUAUUGUUAAUGUAGAAGAAAAGACUUAUUAUAUAAAAUGAUUAUAAUCGUAUGGAUCGUGUGGCGGUGCGCGUCGCAGCCCGCGGGAGCUCAAGUGUCCACAAACUAUUCUAAAUAGUGCGUAGUACCUAUCUAUUAGACAUUUUGCACCGAUAUUAUAUUAUAUAGUGUAUUGACACGGCCGGGCCGCUGUAGCUCCGCGCACUGUCUGUCUGUCUGUUGUCGGCGUCGGUACAAACUGUUGUGGCCGGCGACACGACCCCGCGUCUGCCUAUACCUAGGUUUCUUUGUAUAAUUUAUAUGUUUAAGUAUUUAAUGAUUCGUAAGCGACAGUAUUGUGGUACUAUUAACGCUUUAGAUGUAAUUAGUUAACAUUCCAUGUAUCGGUGAGUAGAUGUCGAUCCUUGCAAUACGUUCUCAUGUUUUGUCUCCAAUUACUACAACAUUACGGCACGUUAAGUUGAAUACGAAUGUUUUAUUACCAAAAAUUGUAACAUGUAUUGUAUCAAAUAUUACUAACUGCAUGACAAGUGACAUUUUAACAAUUAUAUUAGUUUUAAGAGGAAUUGUUAAACAGUUACAUUUCAAACUAGAACAAACCUAUGUAUCUUAGUUUUUAAGUAUUUUUAGUUAGUCGCAUGUAUUGUAAAUUCCCCGUUAACGGUAAGGAAUGGAUCAUAGAUUUUUACUAAGAUUAUGUGGAAAUUAUCGUUUAGUUUCGGGCGAGCAUGUGAAUGCCACCGGCGGUAUAAUAUGUACGUUACUUAAUAUUUCUUUGAGAAUUCGUGGUGCGUGAGUGAGACAUACUGUCAAAUUAGACUGGAGAAAUUGGGAUACUGUAACUAUUCUAUGCUUAACUGAAAAUAAAGAAGAUUAAUCUGA